GGCGAACGGGGCCCGAACCGAAGGAAGCGUUUUUUAGCCGAAGCACGCCAAUUCACGCGGUCGUGCCUUUUGUCUGCUUGAUCCUGGCACGAGCUGAUCAGUUAGAGCUGUGUCCGCCUUACGUGUCCGAUUGAUCAUUCAUGCCGACGCGUUGCCGCAGCUAAAAAGUUUAACCAACCAACCAAACUGAAACAGGACGGACACAACGACAACGAGUCUGCGACCCAAUGCAACCCCGAGUAGAGAAGCGUGUGUGAAGCGUGUAACGAGAGCGUGUUUGCGACCUAAAGAAAAAGAAAAACCCAGAGGACCAUAAACUAUUGCAUACAUUAAAGGAAAGAUAGUAGCUGUUUUAUACUGACUUUUUACAAAAACGCCGUGUAAACGCCAACUCGGAAAGCGCCGGAAAGUAGAGGCCCUCCUGAGAUCCCGUUGAUCUGCAUUGAUAUUACCCGGCUUCGACUAUUGGCCUGCCGACCAACGGACGGACGGACGGACGGGUGCGUACGCAACACGAGGACAGCGGCGCCACAGCUCAACGGUUCUACAGCCACCUUUGCCAAAUUUAUCACUCGUACUCGAACUGUCAGUGCUGGGGUACAGAUACGUGCAGCCUGCAGGCACCAUGCUGGCCAUGUCGACGCUGAUGAUGCCGGCACCGACGAUGGCGCUCGGUGCUCCGCAGCUCGCCGUCGGCCCGCACCAGAAGCCGCCGGAAGCGAAGCUGCUCGCCAUCCAUCCGGCCCACACGCAAACGCAAACUACUCCCCAGCAUCAGCUGCAGGCGCAACAGCAGCAGCAGCAGCAGCAGCAAGCGCAACAGCAGCAGCAGCAGCAACAGCAUCAACAGCAACUGCAGCAGUUGUCUGCAAUAAAGCAAGAGCACUACCAUAUAUUCGUGGGUGAUUUGAGCCCGGAAAUUGAAACGCAAACCCUGAAGGAAGCAUUCGCCCCGUUCGGAGACAUAUCUGAUUGUCGCGUUGUUAGGGAUCCUCAAACAUUAAAGUCGAAAGGAUACGGAUUUGUGUCGUUCGUAAAGAAAACGGAAGCGGAAAAUGCAAUUGCGGCUAUGAAUGGGCAAUGGCUUGGUUCGAGGAGUAUUCGAACUAAUUGGGCAACUAGGAAACCGCCAGCUAGCAAAAACGAAAUCAACGCGAAACCGCUGACAUUCGAUGAAGUGUACAAUCAAAGCAGCCCGACCAACUGCACCGUCUACUGUGGCGGGAUCGGUGGCACUCUGGCCGGCGGAUUGAAUGAGGACAUUCUGCAGAAAACCUUCUCCCCGUUCGGUACCAUACAGGAAAUCAGGGUUUUCAAGGAUAAGGGAUACGCGUUCGUAAGGUUCUCUACCAAAGAGGCAGCCACACACGCCAUUGUCGCCGUGCACAACUCCGAAAUUAACUCCCAAACGGUAAAGUGCUCCUGGGGCAAGGAAAGCGGCGAUCCGAACAAUGCUCCCUCGCUCGCCAGCCAGGCUCUGAGCCAGACCGGCUUCCCUUUCAACACGGCGUACGGGCAACAGGUGGCCGGCUACUGGUAUCCACCGGCUCCGGCAUAUCCGGCAACGCCUGCACCGGCCGCAACACCUUUGCAAGGUCAAUUUCUGCAGGGCAUGCAGGGUUACACUUACGGCCAGUUUGCCGGAUAUCAGCAGGGUUACAUGGGCAUGGGCAUGCAGAUUCCCGGAGCCUGGCCCGCUGUACCAGCGCAGGCACAGCUGCCGACCGCGGCCCAACAAAUUACGGCCCAAAGCGUUGGCGGAGCAUUGCCGCAAACGGCUGGCGUUGUCGCGUACCCGAUGCAGCAGUUCCAGUUAGCUGAAGACGAAUGGUUAGCGCCAAGUCUUCUAGUGUAGCUUCCCUGAUGGCCAUCACUGUGCGGCUGUGUCUCACAGCGUAAUUAGAGUGCAGAGUAUUUGAGGAAUUUUUCGAAACCGAAAAAAAAAGAAAACAGUAAAGAGCAAGCACAGAUACACACGAAAGAAGCACACAAGACAGACAGGACAGGCGAACACACGAGAUGUUGGUGGUUCCAAACACCAGGCACAAGAACUAGCACAAGAUGGAAACGAUGUGAGACCAGAGCAACACAGCAACAAGAGCAGAAGAAAGAUGCAAGAAAAUCUAAACAAAAAAAAACGCAAAACAAAAUAGAAAAAAAUCAAACAAAAAAAAAAUGGAAACCAACUACGCGGAGCAAGGCGAACAUGUGAAGGUUUAGUUAAGUUUAAGGCGAGGCCGGCCGAAGGGUUUAGCUGGCAGGCGUCAGCCAUCACUUAAUCCAAUCAUAUGUGAAUAAUAAUAACCGUGGCACAGACACACAAACACACACAUACACACUGGAGAAAUAGCGUAUUGAACAAGCAACAUGUGAAGGGACAACAGAGAGAGAGAGAAUGAUGAACACUAGAAAUUUUACUCCUGAUAUUUUUCAUGAUAGAUAGUACUCAUUAAAUGAAAAAGCAAACAAACAAAUAAAUAAACAAACAAACACACACACACGGUGAGCUCUACUGUAGCGAGCUCCGAGUGGAUGGCAAUGGAAAAGUUUGAGCAAUUUGAGGCAGCAUUUAGCUGACGGCGAACGAAGCUGAUUUUUACAGUCAGUCAAACAGUGAAGAGUGAAACACACACACACACACACACCCCGAAAGCAUUCCUUAGAGCAAUAAGCUGUGGUGUUGUGUGGUGGCAUAAUGCCAAAAGAAGAACAAAACACCCCACAACAGAGCAGACAGUCAGAUCGAUCAACAAGGCAACAAGCAAAACUAGUUGUAAAAUCAGUCGCUGGAAGAUGGAAUCCCCCAGCCCAGCUUGUGAACACAAUAAUGAUUCGUCCAGCAGAAACCGGUAAACACGCGACAUGACCAUAAAGCACUAAAAGAGUAUCGCGGGCGCGUGCGCGAUACCGGUAACAAGUUUUGGUGUUACAAUGACUUACGUAGUAUUUAGGUUUCAGGCAGGAUGCAAAUUCCGCGUUACCGUGUUGUGUUGAAAUAUGUUGUUUUUUUUUUAUAUAUACUUUAAAAGUUCGCAGUCUGAAUAUUUCCACAAUUACUUUCCCCCCCAUUUCAACGACAGCAAAACGUGAACACUGUAGUUGUGAAAAGUACAUAAUGCCAAGACUGAGGUAAUGAUAAUGAAGCGUAUGUAGAGUGGAAUGAUGUGCUGGAAGUGGUUGCCGCUGCUACCGCCGCAAUCCACUCUUAAUGCGCUGACAAGGUGCACAAUAUCAAUUCUGCGAGACUAACUGGUACAUCAAACCAAGGCAAACUUCCACUGCAAUUUGAAGCAUUACGAGCGAAAAUCCGAGCUGUCCGCGGUACGCGCAGACGAUUAAUUGGCCGAACGAAACACAAUCCUUCAUUCCACAUCCAAAUCUAGUCGCAAUCGUUAAGUCUAGUUUUUGUACUUUAAUCCAACAUUUUUACUGCAGGUAUGAUAACUGCUAGUGCUAUCUCUAAGCCAGUAAUGGAAUUCAAUUUUAACACUUUAUUGUGUGCGAAAACAAAAGUUGCAAUUGUCGUAAUUGUGUAGUAAUUUAAUUUAAACGUGAUGCAAUUUGUUAAAACAAAACGAGAGUUACAUUUUUGUUUUCCCCUCUAUUUAUUGUCCCGUAGUUCCAUUUCCGACCUCCGAAGAUGGACACUACGCGAACAGAAGCAAAACAACAACAACAACACACACCUGUAUGAAUCUCGUAUGCGGAAACGGUAUUAAAAACAAAAACAAAUUCCAAAACUGCUACACAUAUAUAUUUUUUAUUAUUUUACCAAUUUUUGCGAAUAUACAAUGUUUUAUAUAAAUGAAGGCGGUGGUGGUGGUGUUGGUGGUGGAGAGUUUGGAAGGCGACGAAACGAAACAUUUGUUUAGACCAAAUAUUUUUAAAAUAAAUGAAACGAAAAAAAACCAACAGUGUCAAUACAAUCAAAAUUGCAUAGAACAAACGAGAGGACGGGGAGAGCCGAAGUAAGAGAGCGAGAGAGAACAAAAAAAUACAUUCAUUUGAAACCAUUGUGAUGAAAAAACUGUAACACAACAGAGGAAAACAUAACACGAUUGAUUCACGCAUGCGCAAGCGGACUUCGACAAGAGAUCCCUGAGAAUGGUAGAUGAUGUUUACUCGAAGCAAAGAAGAGGCAAAACAGAACAAACAAACAAAAAAAAACAAGCAAAACAAACCGGAAUGAUAAAUUAUAUUGACGACUAAACAAAACAAUACAUAUAUAUACAUAUAUAUAUAUAUAUAUAUGAAGGUAAAUAAAAAUAUAUAAUUAUAUAUAUUAUAUAUAGAGGAGGCCCCGCGCAAGCGGCCAGAAUUAAAAAAACAUACACUUAUACAUAUACACAAAAUAGAUAGGAGAUAUUUAAUUAACUGUGAACAAUUUACCAAACAACAACUGCAACAUAAACAGCAAAACAAAACCGGAAAGAAGCAAAGGGUUAAGUAAAGGAAACUGUAUUGAAUCAUAUUGGGAUCUUAGGCAAAACAACCGUUACCGUUGGUGUAGCGCAACAAAAGCAUAGAUAAAUAGAUAAACGGUUUUUUUGGGGAAGGAAGGCAUAAGACAUAACAUAACAUAAGCAGAGCAGACAAAAAAUACACAUUUUCCUCCAAAGGGCAUGUGGAGCGACACUAAACCCUUGCAAAACUAUUACAACAAACAACAGAAACACGGAACCCUUUUGAAAUGUUCUAUCGUCUUGGGGUACAUACACAACACAACACACUCACACACCCUAUCGAAGUAAAAUGCAAACUCGUAAUUAAAUAAAGAGUUAGUGAAUAGUGUUAAAGUAACGAGGUUUAAACCUAGAACAAAGCGUAAACGUUAAGAAACAUUUAAAAAGAAAACAAAGCAAGAGGAAGCAGUAAACCGAAACUCAAUCAAAAACGCAAAACUCAAACAUCUAAACAACAGACAUGUUACGAUAGCUGAAAACUGAAACUGAAAAAAAACUAAAACCAAAACCCAAUCAAAACAACCAACCAAGAGCAAAUAACGCAAUUGAAGCAAUUAUUCAACCCAAAUAAAAUACCAUGCCAGCCGUCGGUCGAACACGAUCAUGUACUGUUGUUCAUGGGAAUGGACGGAAUGGGAGUAAAAGGCUACUCGAUCUACUAUUCGAGUAGUUUAGACUUCCCCGAAGAAGAGAGAAAAAACCUUCAGGACCGCGAUCGGGGUGGCGUAACGUAAAUAUCUUGUACAUUGUAGAUGCACAUCAUUUUAAUGUAUUUCGUUCCGGAUGCGAAACCAGUUUAUGCUUUGUAACCGUAACCGCGUGUUUCCGUUGUUAGGCGUUGCUUUGGACCAGCGGUUGCUGCGAUUAGAAUAUGAGUUGGGAAACGAUUUUGUUUGUUUGAAUGUGCCGAUAUGGUGAAAAACAAAAAUCAAUUUCUACUCUAGCAAUUAAAGCGAACCGGUAAACGAAACAAAAUAAAAAACGCAAAAAUACCAUGUGACCAGUAGUAGCAAUUCGUUGCAAAACAUCGACAUCGAUGUGGAGGAUGACGAGAUGCGCAUGCCGGAAAGAAUUGGCAAAGAUUCAUCUACCGCUGCGAGUGCGAGAGUGCGAAAGAAUAGUAAUGCAAAGCAAACAAGUCUUCUUACUAUUGGACGAGAUCCCUAAGACACAUUAGAGGAGAUUCCCAUAUCUCGUAUAUUAAAAUAAUAUAUAUAUUUACAUAUAUACACACACACACACAGACACACAUGAGUCCCUGAAGCAAAACAACAAGGAAAAACAAAACAAAAUGUCGAGGAAGAAGAGAAGAAAAAACGGUGUUUGUUACUUUAUUUACAACUAUUGAAACGUAUUUGAUUGGAUUUCAGUUGUGUAGCCCAUUUUGGAGGAUGGUUUUUCAGUUUUAGAUAAACAUAUAUACAUAUACAUAUACAUAUAUAUAGAUUGCGUAUUGGUUUUGGUAAACCCCUACCCUACAGCCAAACAGCGGGAAACGUAAGGAUGUAAAAUCUAGACAACUUUACUAAUUAAAGAAACCGAAUGAAACAGCUCUGCAACACUUUGACGCCAGCACACGUUCUAUGAUUCGAGAAGAAGAAAGGUGAGCCGAAACUUUUAAGACACCGGACAACCUAAGCAAAAACUACUGCUGGCAAAACUUAACUAACAAGCACCACUAAAAGAAAGACCAUUUGGGGGGAAUAACAUAAAACCAAACCAGUAAACAAAAGAAAGGGAGAGAAACAACACGAAACGAAAACAAUUUAAAAUAUCUUACCUAAAAGCAAACAAGCAUCUAAAACAUCAAAACGCAAACAGCAAACAGCAAACAAAACAAAACACACAGUCUACAGCAACCAAUUUAAUAGCUUUUAACAUAAGGAAUGGGAGAGUGAGCCAAGCUAAAACUCCAUAGAACGUCGAACCAGUGCGAAUAUUAGAUAGGUAUUGGAAUCUUUAAAUGAGGUAACGGAUAAGUAAAGUCGAACCAGUUACAUACAAAGCCGAAAAAAAACACACACACACACACACACUUACAAGUACUUAUACUAACACUACUACUACUAAAACUACUAAAAACAGACCCGGGGAAAAGCCCAGGCAAAGCAAUGCAACAAACAAAAAUGGAAUCAACAAUCAAACAUAUUUACUACGCUCUUUGAACGAGAAUCGAACGUCGAAAAAAAAAAUCCCCCAAAGUUCGUUCGUUCGAACUUUCGGUUCCGUAUUUGUCCGUAUUUUUGUUGCAGAAACAAUCGUUAGCCACCACCACCAGAAUCCAAGCAGACUUUGCGAAUUACAGGGUUUCUCGGGUCAGUUUAACAUUGUAACACUAUAUGGCAAGAGCAUAAAAGGCUACAAGGCGACAUUGUACAUGCAAUUCAACCUCGUCAACCCUUCUCAACACGCGAAAACUCAACGGGAACAUUCAACUCGGUAAAAUCCGACAAUAGAAAAUACUUAGCUAACAGUACUGUCAAGCAGAAUGUUUAUAGUGCGUGGUUCGAUGUUUUAUAUUUAAAUUUUUAAACCAUUAACUCGACGAUUUGAUAUUAUUUUUAUUAUACUUCUUCUUCUUCGAUGGCACUACAGCCUCGAAAGGUCUCGCGGCCUGCCAUUUCUUGCUUUCUGUGACUUGAUUUUACCCGUAGUAAAGUAGUCAGCCCUACGUACGGGGAAACGGUCUGGAUGGGAUUUGAACCCCGGUCCUGGAAGUUUCAUUUUACAACUUCAAUUAAAUUUAGAAGAUAGUUCUGUUUGAUUUUUCGUGUUUUUGUUGAGAUAUUUUAAUGCUUUUUCUGUUCCAUAAAGCUUUCUUCUACUUCUUUGGCACCACAACCUCGAAAGGUCGGCUCGAAUUGCCCUUCUUUUCUUCAACUUUAUUUUUUUCCCGAAGCUGAAUAGUCUCACAGUCCUGCGAACGGAAAAGAAGGUGGUCUGGGUGGGAUUCGAUCUGACCCGACUACCCCAAUUGUCACUAUAUUACACUGUUGACAUAUAGUGUUGCAAUAUUAAACUGGCCCGAGAAACCCAGUAAAUGAAGAAAAAGAAGCAUUAGCACAAACAUGAGCAAACAAAGAAAAAAAACACAUGUCGUAAAGGUAGGAAACAAUAUAAUAAACACAAUUGAGCAAAUAUGAAUUGCAAACAAUUAAAUACACACAAAGAAAACGCACACACACACACAAGUUUGGGUUGUGAUGGAACGACAGUCAUUUGCCUGCGAUGUCAAGAUAAGAGGAUAUAAAGAGAGAGAUAGAGAGAGAUGAAUUUAAGCUGAGCAUAAUACAGAGACGAAGAGCAAACACUAAACACUAACUCCAGCAGAAGGAUUAGCGUAAGGGAGUCAUAUAUAUAUAUAUUGGGCAGUGAUUUUUGAGCGAUAGGCACAACCGGGAGUCAUAUAGAUGGCCGACCGGCGACUAGGACGGGAAGGAAUCUUACAGAUAGAAAAAAAAGGUCUAUUUUUAGUGCAUAUUGUGUAGCAUGAUUUGAGUAUUUGAACCGAACCAAUAGAAUGUUCUCUCUCUCGAGUGUGUGUGUGUGUGUUUGGGUUUGAGUGGGACUGAUUAGCAGCCAACGAUAACGCGCGCACACACACACACACGGACCCACUUUUUCGAUAAAACAAAUAGAUAGCAAUAGAAGGCUACCGUGGUCGGGAACGCCAAUCGGAUUUACUAAACCAUUUAAAACAACUCUCACACUUUCUCUCUGAAAACCUUAAAACAGCAAACUAAGCAAAACCGAACGAAAAAAAAUAAGGCAAUCGAUAUUAGGGGAACCUUCCUGCAAAAUAGGGAAACAAACACUGUGUUACCAGACACUACCCGUAGCAUUAGAAGGAGAGCAGGGAGACGUUCAAAUUAACGGUCGGGUUGGGAUAGAGACAACAGAGAGAACAACAACAACAACAACAGCAACAAAACCUAACUAUCUCUACGGGGUAAGCAACUUCUACACAGCUAACACUAUCUAGUAUUACUAAAAACUGAAGCAAAAACGGAAACAAACUCUAUCAUACUAAGCGUACAUUAUAACUGCUAGUGAUUACUGAGUAGUAGCUACUACUAACUAACGAUUCCGAUGCCUACCUCUGCAAAAAACAAAGGAGGAAAGCACACAAAAACCACGUGGAACUGAAAUACUGUGAUUUCUUUUGUUGUUUUUUUGGACUGUUUUCCAGCAUGAAAUCUUUGGACCUAUCUGUGUAGUGAAGCCACGCGCGCCACAAGUUCUCCUCUCUCUCUCUAUAGGUUGUUUGUUCAACACAUUUGCUCAGCUGAGAUGAUGGGCGUUCUCGUUAGGUGGUUGUUUUUCACUUCGUUGUUAAGUUCGUUAUUAGUAAAAAUUCGAUUGCAAUUGCGCCGAACAAGCAGGCUAAGGAAAAGGAAAAAGUAAACAGUGUAGCGUUACAAGAGGCAGCAACGUUGUUGGUUUGGAUCAAUUUGAACAAAGCGGCGAAGAAGAGGGGGCGCGCGCUCGCUGAUAUCGCGUUCCGUUAGUUUUAAUCGGCAAAAACACGUGCAAUUACAGUAGACGAGGAAGGAAACUUGUAUGGAGAUAUUAGUGGAAAGCGGCCCGCAUCGAUGCUUUAGAGCGAAUGCGCACCAGGAAAAUGGGGAGGACGCAAAGGCAACAACCUUUGCCUCGGUCGGGAAAAGUCGUAUGCCAAGCUUUUACACCACACAACCUUCUUACACCACUCGGUUUUGGUUUGUUAGCACAAAUUUUUACGCCCUGGUGUCUGGUGUUUUGACCAGUCCAAGAGACCAGGCGGAGGGCCAGGUACUAUUGAAUUUACGGCGGACUGCCAAAUGAAUGGAACACUGAACAGCAUUAAGAGAGAAACAAACCGAGCUCGUAGUCGUAGUUUCGAAAAGGGAAAAGGGAAGGAAGUGGAAUGGAAAAAGGAGGACAGAGGAAAAACACAAUGUCGAAAGGAGUAUUAAGUUAAGGACACACAAAGCAACACACAACUUAAUAAGGUGAAGGUGAAAGCAAACCAACCAAUCAAACCAUUAAAGUUAAAACCAUUAAAUAUUGACAUGGGGAAAACAAAAGCAAACACACACACAAAUCAAACAUAUUAUAUUUAUAAAUGAAAACGACACAAUGAACUGUUUGUAAAACACACAUUUGCUGGUAAAUGAAUAGGUAAAUAAGAUGCAACUUAUUAGCAGACUAAGGUAAUAAGGUAACCAGGAGCAACAACAGAAAACCAUAGUAACGACGCACGACUUGCGUGUGUGUGUGUGUGUUGAGCGCAUCGUGCCACACACACACACACACGCUACCAACAUUCGAGUGAAAUGCCAUAGCAAACCGUGGAAUGGCAAAACACAACUCCACUUAAAAAGUAAGAACUUAACAUAAGAAUAUCCAAAAAAAAGAAGGAAAUUCAAUCAUGCAAGAGCAACACACAACCACACACACACAUAAACAUACGAAACAUAAACACACAUGGUUAGCACAUUAUAGAUGUAGACGCACGUAUAUAAAUUCAAAUAAUUAAACAAGCAUCAACAUGAAAAUGCCACCCCAGAAAAAAACCAAAAAACCACUCUCAAUCCAAAAACCACGUUUCCUGACUUUUUGACAAAAUUGGCCGGAAGGCGAAGGGCUCGAUUGGAAUAAUCCAGACGAGCCGCACAACAACUUUUUUAGGUUAGGUCUCCUAAUGAAACAACCCGUUCUGUUGCAAGUAGUUCACAUGGAAAGCAUCUAAACAACGAUAAAAAAGACACGACGACAACCACAUAAAAUCACACAGAAACACACACACACCCUAUGUGAUGAUUGCGUGUGAAAUUGUUUACAACAAAAACAUGAAAAACAACAGUACAGUUCAAUUCAAACUACUAGAAUUAAGACCAACAACACAUACAACACACACACACACACUAUAUAUAUAUAUAUAUAUAUAUAUAUAUAUAUAUAUAGAUAUACAUUAUUGCAACAAAUAACAAAAUUGCAAGAUGAACAAAACUACAUACAACAUGAAAACAAAAAAAAGAGAGUGAAAAAUAUAUACCAAACAAUGUUUGCAAAACUAUUAUUUUACAAGUACGAUAUUGAAAAACAAAACAAGAAGAGCAACCAAAAAAAAAAGAAAAGGUGGACACACAAAACGACGAAUGCCGGCGAUGCAGGCACAAUACCUAUAAAUGAGCAGGUGGGGCGAAACAAACAAACAAACAAAGCAAAUACACAUUGUGCUAAGCUGUUUUAAAAUGAACUAACUAUAUUGCAAUAUUGCGAAAAACAUGGCCCAACACAGUGGGCAAGGGAAGCAAGCAGGCAGGAGCGAGCGAGGUGAAAAGGAAUUACCCAGCAAUUACAGUAAAAUUGCAAGCGCAAAACCAACCAAAUGAAUCAAGAAUAGAGAGAAACAAAAACUCAAAAUCAACAACAACAGCAACAACAGCAACAACAAAUCAACCAUAAAACUAAUACAGUUGUAUUGACACGAAAAUAUCAAUAAAACAUGAUGAUUAUCAAGCAA